AUGUCGGUAGCUGGGUUAAAGUACGACCCUGUACUUAGCCUUGACACCCCAGCAGAAACCAAGUCAGGAAGCUACAUUUACAGCGGCUCCGCAGCGUCCUUCCACGACUGGGAGUUUCGCACACGUGCCCGUGUAUCCCAGCAUCGUGAAAGGCAGCGUCGAGAGGUCUUGAAAGACCUCCGUUCUAGCCACCAACUCAGCCGUUCUGCAUCCCCACGAAAGUGGGUAGGUGGUGGCAUAAGAUCCCCGGACCGUCACACAGGUGAUGAGAGCAGUGGGAUGGCAGCCAGUCCUUCAAGUGCCCCAGGACGCCGGCGCGGCCGCCAGGCCGGUGCGGAGUCCAUGUCGUCAGGAGACGGUGGCGAAGAAGAACAACAGCCACAAGAUUAUGAGGUUGAGGACGACGGGCAAGCUUCGGUUGAGACUGAGCCUGUCCCCACACUCGCUUCGGUCCGCGAUAGUGAUCUUGACAUGUCUGAUGCAGUUCAGAAGACGCUGGAAGGCCUCCGUGGCGACGCCUUUCUUAUCGCCCGAGACAUAGGUCUCGAGAGGUUGUUGAAGCACGACGGCAUUGAUCUUCUCAUUCAGAAGGUCAAGGACCAAGCAUUUCCCUUGCAGGGGGAAGAGGCAUCGGAAUUGUUCAGGCAAGGCCAGUUGCUGACAGGUCCCUUGUCCAAACAAUCAGGGGAGCCGAUGUUGUCUUACAUUUCCCGGCGAAAGCGCUGGUGGGUUACCCUAAGGGAAUUGGACCCAGAAGUCAGGUUGUCAGAAGCCAUGCGUGCCAAUCUCCUUGUGGAACUGUCUGGUUUGUCGCGCCAAGAGCAGCUCAUGGUGCGUACCGCAGCACAAGCCGAGACAGUAGAUGAGUAUGCGCGCGUAUUGAUCAAGCAUCAUAGUGUUGUGCAUAUGCGUGAACGCUUGCUCGUUGAGAAAGACAAGCCUGCCGCUAGAACAUGGUCCAAGCCCCGGUGGGAGAAUACCUCAUUUCAGCAGAAGCCUCGGUACGGUUACAUGACACAGGGUUUCAUGGAGGAUGACGAGUAUGAGUACCAGGAGCCAGAAAGUCAGGCCUAUGUAGCCGAGGAACAUGAGGUCGAGGAAGACGAAGGCGAAUGGGUUGAUGACAGCGCAUUAGCCUUGGCUCUCAAUGCAUAUACAGCUAUGCAGACAGAGCUUGGAGGCGAGCCAGGCGAGGAGCACGCCGAAGCAUUGCAGCUGGCGUACGCAGCCCAAACCACACUUGCCAACGUGAAGGGUAACAAAGGUAAGGGUUUUGGUAAGUCUGGCGGUAAGAAGGGUGGUAGGGUCCCUCCUUCCAAUCUUUCUAUCGCCGACAGGAAAGCCAAACUUGCCGAGCUGAAGGCUCGCAGCCGAUGCUUACGGUGCGGCGCAAUCGGUCAUUGGGCCGGUGACGCUGAAUGCAGGUUUAAGGGUAGUCCUGGAGGUCCUAAGGGUUCCAGUAAGGGUGGUCCAGGUGCAGAGAAGUCUGCCUCACCCGGGAAGCCCGGGAUGGCAUCCUCCUCACAAGCCUACCUUGCCGCGCUGAGUGACGCAUCGGACGAUGAGACCCCUGCCAUUCACCUUUCCAACACUUCAAGAGACAUGGAGGGCUAUCCCGCCGAAAGGAGCGGAGGACCCUCAGAGCGUCCUCGUGUUCGCAGAUCGGAAGCCACCGCCAUGCGUGACAGCCCACCGCCAGGAUCUGACACCUUGUUCACUUUUGGUCAUCACAAAGGCCUGACGUAUGAACGAGUGCUGCACACCUAUCCUGGGGAUGUCCUUUGGGGUCAAACACAGAAGUGUCCUUCCAAGUGUUUGGGUGAUUUCCUGAACUGGGUGCAUGAGCACUAUGUGGUAGAAGACACGGACCCCAUAGAAGUGCGUAGAAGAGACAUCCCUCUUAGUACGAUGAUGCCCCCAACUCCCGUUGCUGACCGCGCAGCCAACGCUGAAGGCACCGCCUCAUCCAGUGCCGGUUUCCGGCCCAAGUGCAGGGGUGGUUGUAAGACCUUUAGCAAGACAGGGAGCAAUUCGUACAUAGACAUGCGCACAUGCAAGUCCUGUGGUACGGUAACCAAGACUCGCAAAGAACAGGUUCGGGUCGACCCAACCACAUGCACGCAUGCCCAGGUAGAUCGUUCAGGUUCCAGCAAGACAACCAGCCGAAUCAAGUGCAAGCUUUGUGGCAUGAUCCUAGAUGAACUGCCCCAAGAGGAGAAGAAAGCUAGGGACGCAGCCGCAGCACAGCUGCGAGACACGAACACCCUAGACUUCGACAUGAUGCGCUCUAUAGUGGGCAGAACAGGGGACCGAGUGCCUGUAGAAGUGGUCGUACCAGCCCUUGAACAGUUCAAGGAGGCAGUUGAGGGUCACUUCGUCACCGAACCUUCGAUAACGAGGGGAGACUUGUUUGCCUACCUUCAAGAGGCUCUGGACGAUCAUGCGGAUGAUGCGAGCCCCACGAGCGCGAGUUGGGAGAUGGCUUCAUCGGGAAGAAGGCCCGGUACAGCAAUGGUUGCCAUGCUUGCCGGACCACACGAGGGAGUCGCAGACACGAACCCCAGUUUGAGCAAACUCCCCGUGGUUAACAUUCGCACAUCCCCACAUGUUUUCGCAGUCCUGGAUGAAGGGUGUAACUCAACGGUUCAUGGCGAGGAUUGGGGUCACGAGAGCAUGUCCAAGUAUGCGAGCUUUGGGUAUUCCACGAGGUUUGCGAAGGAGACUUCCAAGACCUUCAAGGGUUUGAGUGGUUCCACUUCCACGCUUGGGACCCGAACCUUUCCUUUCUGCCUUUUGCCCUUGGAUUCAGUUGAGGGCGAGGAGGUUUCCCAUAGGGAAAGAUUGUGUGGGGCGCUAGAUUCCCAUGAGAUCCCUGGUGGGGCACCCCUCCUACUAUCGCUUCAUGCCCAGAGUCAACUUGGGAUGGCAAAAGACCUACACUUAGGGACGUGCUCCGUAAGGCUCCCGUCGAACCCCGACAAGACCAUUGAACUCAAGUUGCAUGGGACAUCAGACUCAGGUUUGCUUUGCAUUUGCCUAACCGAUGGUCUCUUGCAAGGGAAACAACCCCGCCUUGUUCGAGGAUUUGCGAUCCCACCGCCGCCUGCAGGUGCUGCUCGAGCAAUAGCAGCAGAGGGUUCGGAUAAGUGCGCAAACAGCAAGGUCACCAAGCGAAAGGCCUCUUCAAUGCAGACGCACUCUAUAAGUGAACCCCAAGGUGAGAACACCAUUUUGACAGCAGCCAUGGCCAUCGCACCUUCACAGCGCCCCGCGCCUAAGGCGAGGCCUCAGCAGCUGAAUUCCGAGACCUUCCCCACCGAGGGAGGAGACAAUCCCAAGCACGCCGCGGACAUUUUUACCUUCGGCUACAACUUCGAGGAGGCCGUCGAUAAGAUCCGCAACGCUUGGGAGCCACAGCAUUUCGCUGAUAUGUUUAGUGAGAUGCGCUCGGCAGAGGCUACCCUUGAACUCGGAGGCGCAUUCGUCGGCAUCUUCUUUGACCUGACAUAUUUGCCGAAUGCCAGGAGUUUGGAUCCUGAGCUCGCAGACCGCAAGCGAGAUAGAGGCCUCCGAGAUCAUGUGGGUUCCCACCCUUCUAUAAUGAAGGCGAUAGCUGCAGACCCUGGAUUCCUGCAACAUUGCAGAGCCAUCCGUUCCAAGGUGAAGAAGUCAAUGGAGCAGGGCUACCAGGCGAUGAACAUUAGCGUUGUCUGCAAGCAAAACCGGCACCGUUCCGUGGCAGGAGGCAUCCUCAUUGAGCACAUGCUACUUCGCGUUGAAGGACUUCAUGUUUCCAUGCAGCAUUGCAACAGCGAACAGACCUGGCCGCUCAUGGGUGGAUCUUGCCGCGGGCAUUGCAGCUGGUGCACACAUCGCACAGACGAUGCGAAGGCGGCCUACGAGCAGGUGUUAGCCGACUUCAUCAAGUAUCUGGAAGGCGAUGUCAAGGAGAGCACCACAUGCAUUUUGCACUGCGAGUCAGAGCCUGAAAGGGCCCCGGGCACAGCUCCGGAGGAAGUCACUGAUCUGGACGCAGACGAUGAGGUGGAAGAGGUCCCAUCAGAUCCGCAGGGAGUAGCGCCUGGAGAGGGAGAGUCAGCAUCGCAGGCAGCUACUCGGUUGGGGCUUCGUGGCAAGCAGCACACCUCCUACGUGGCGAAGUGGGACCCGAGCUCCCUGACAGGGAGGCUUCAUCAGCAAGCGGGCUCAGGUGUGUUCACUGCCACCUCAAGUCAUCUGCCAGUUCAGGCCCAGGUACAAACCCUGGAGAGAAAGUUAGCGCUGCGCGACAAGGAAGUCGAGUCACUUCGAAGCAAGCUCCGGGACGCCGAGCGGGACAAGCAGGAGGCGGAACGGAGAGCGGAGCGUGCAGAACAGCUCCUGCAAGAUGCCCUUGCCAGGCUCCGCCCGAGCCACCCAAGCCACCUGGCCGCCGACGAGGAGUUCUGGCAGAGGCGCUUUGAGGAGAAUCGACCCCUGGACAGGCGGGAGCUGAAGAACUACUUCCAUGAUCCGGCGGCUAACAACUCUAACGCCGCCUGGGCGCAGUGGAGGAAGAGUCAGGGCCCCGCACCGCCGGGAGAGGGCAAACGCAUCAAGUUGGAUCCGGCAAUCGUCGCUUUGGAUCUUACGGAGAUUCCAACUUCGGACGACGCCAGCCUUUCGUGGAACAGGCGAGUCCUGGUCGACCUGCUCCCGGACCAGGUGAUGCACGAGUUCUGCGGCCUUCUGUAUGGGCGUCCGAGUCCGGCGUUGUGGAUUGGCCCCUACAUGCCCAAGUCCUUCUCCACUCAGGAUCUGGAACACACGGACAAGUCCGAGCGCCACAACUUCAAGGUGACUGCCGUGACCCCUCACACGAGGGAGGGAUACAAGCCUUGUGGGAAUGUCAAAGGCCCUACACCGAUCGGGUGGCUGUUUCUCAACGACAACCCGAAGAACAAGGGCGGCGUGUGGAUCCCACAGGGGACGGUGUGUCCUCCCGGUCACAGUACCGAGGAUGUUUGCGGUGAAUUCAAGGCCGAGCAAGUGUGCCCAACCGAACCUCCGCCAAGUGGAGGUGCGUACCUUGUGCUUUGGUUGUAUCCAAAGGCCUUUGCACCGGACACAGUUCCGAAGACCCUUGCAGACCGCGAUGAGCUGAGCGCAUAUAUGGCGUCAUUGCAGGGGGUUAAUGACUUUGGGGAGUUUAAGCAGGUAAGGUUCGAUGUUGAGGAUUCCGACGAUGAGUUUGAGCUAAUCCCUGCGCAUGAUGGUCCCAGAGCAGUUACCCGUGACACUGCGCACUCAUUGCCCAAACUCAGCAACAGGCAGAGGAAGAGGGUGCUUAGUGGGAUUCAGGAAAUGGUUGCGGGAGAUCGUGUGUUGCAAGCGAUUGCAUUCAAUGCAGCAGUGGCUACGGAUCACAUGAUUGCCUUCACCCCCACUGAGCCUCUUAUUUCACACUGCAAAUGGGUAUCCGAAUCCCUUGACGCGCAGGUGAUCAGCGAGACCAUUGCCAACCUGGAGACAGGUGUGCCCGGUCUCAUAGUUCUGAGGGUCGACGCUCCCACCGAGGAGUUGUGUCUAGAGUGUGAGUGCCUAGCUGACACAGCUGGAGUGAGCAUUGUCUUGGUGAGCCCCUAUGGAUGCCCAACACUCGAAAGUACUGUCGAGGUAAGAGGAGACUUGAAUGUUUCCGGGAUAGGGCCGAACAUCGACGAUGCACUCCAGGUUUUGUCCACAUGGACUGAGAGCUAUGGCAUGAGCCCCCGUUGCUAUGCAGACACGGAAGAACAUGAUUUCUGGGCCACAUGUCGCGACAUUUCACAGGAGCUUUACCUGAACUCUUACACACGCAAUUGCUUUGUAGGGUCGGAAGGUUUAGGUUCCGACAUGGAAGAUCAGGAACUCAUCCCCGAUGAAGAGAUGGCAGGAUGUCGAUGGUCCCGCUACACUGCAGUCAACAUGGUCGACAUGGGAACCAGCUUCCAGCAAGUAGCCCUGAUAAAGUCAGGAGGAGGCAAUCCCAGCGCACGACAAUGUUUGCAGGUCUUCAUGGAGCGAUGGGUAUCGUGGGCAGGACAUCCACAGCAUGUAGUGGUUGAUAGGGGAACGCAUUUCAAGGGAGAGUUUGCAAGUUACAUGGGACAACAUGGGAUUCACCUCCGAAAUGCACCCUUAGAAUCUCCGCAGACCAUAGGGAAGGUCGAAAGACAUGGUGGUUUGCUCAAGGCACUGGUAAGGAAAACAGUGCAGGAGAUUCAGCCCUCGACUUGGGAAGACAUGGUCAUGGUAGUCAGUGAAUGUGUGACUACAAAGAAUGACCUGUCCAGACAUCAAGGUUUCAGCCCAUCACAGCAUGUGCUAGGCAAGCGACCUAGGACACCAGGUUCAGUCAUGGAUGAAGAUGAGAGCAUGGGAACUUUGUUGGCCCGUUUCGAUGAGACCACUCCUUUCUAUUCCCGACAUAGAGCCCGGGAAGAAGCCCGCAAAGCCUUUGUGCAUUUGGACUCGUCCAGGAAGGUUGCUCGUGCAUUGCAAAGGAAUGCAGCUCCCAUGGACAUGGAGUUCCAGGUGGGCGAUUUCGUCAUUUAUCGAAGAGACAAUUUGCCCGGUUCAACUUCCACUGUGUGGUCAACUGCAAGCCGCGUGAUAGGGCGCGAGGCAGAGAAUGCAUACUGGUUGCUGCAUGAGGGUGUGCCUGUGUUGGUCAAUGCCAGAAAGAUGAGGCCUGCAGAUGAGGUCGAAGUAGCUGCACGUCGAGUUCUGACCGGAGAGCCCGUUCUGCCAGGUUCCAUUGUCCACGGUCCAGAGCAACGUUAUCUCGACGAAAGAGAUAAGGAUCCAGUAACAGCGCCUUCUACCCCCAGACCGAACACUGGCAUAGCGUCGGCUCCCUCUACUCCCAUGAGAGUCGCAGCGGCCGAGAGUCCCGCCAUCACAAGCAAGGAGAUUUCGCCCAGUGAUAAGACGGGCAGGGAAAGAACUCGUUCCCCGCCCAGACAAAGCUCCAGCGCGCUGAUGGCUGAGGCACAGGACACCGAUCCUGUAGAAGCAAAGGCAAGCGAGCUCCUGGAAGCAAUGGCCUUCGAGACAAGCCACUGUCUCGAACUACUCAGGUUGUGCAAGGAACACAAACCGAAGAGGACGAAAAGAGCGAUGUUCCAAGACGCAACGGAUGAUGAGCUUGCCGCUAGCUUCGGUGUUUAUAGGCACGGUGGUUUUGUUGGGAUUUCUAAUCCUACUAAGCAGCGCCCGUGUUUUGUGACCUACUUGAACCGCUUCCUGAGGCACCACUGUGAGAAGGCAGGCUACACCGAGUUCACUUGGAAUGGGAUCCAAGUAAGCGAAUCGCGGGCAAGUUUGCACAAAGACAACUCCAAUUUGAAGGGGUCGCUCAAUUUCACCAUGAGUUUGGGAAAUUAUUCGACAGGAGGUCACUUGUGGAUAGAAAACCCUGAGGGGAACACAGUGAUUGACGUUUGUGGCAACCUUGUUCCCGGGACUCUACACACCACUCGAGGCAAAGUCCUUCGUUUUGAUCCAAAGAAACUCCAUAUGGUGGAACCCCAUGAAGGGCAGAGGUUCAGCAUCAUUGGGUUCACUAUGAAUCACUUGGGGAAGUUGCGCGCAGAUGAACACCAGAUGAUGGAAGACUUGGAAUUCCCACAACCGCGUAUUCCAUCACCCCAAGUAGAGCAGCCCCGUCAGGAGGAGCCUGAGCGAGCAGACGACAUGCACUCCUCAGACGACGAGGAAGUUGGAACAGGUUUCCUAGCCUCACUUUUGGACUACCACAACAGCCCGGCCGAGGUGCAGUUGGGGUUGGACGAGGCCAUGCUCGCGGAGUGGGCCAAGUAUCAGGAAUUUCACGCUGUGAUACCUUGCUCAAAGAAGCAAGUGCAGGAGUUGCUUAGCCAAGGACACAUCUGCGUGCCCACCAAGUGGGUUCUCACCGACAAACAUGAACAUUUGAAAGGCACCCCCGGCUAUCGUCCCAAAUACAAAGCUAGGCUAGUCGCAUGCGGGAAUUUCGAGCACAUCUCCACAGGGGAGGACAUUCGUGCAGAUUCCCCGACAGCCGAGCCUGAAGCACUGGCUUUCAUUUGUUCCUGGGCAUCCUCACUCGGUUUGCGAAUCAAGGCAGCCGACAUCACGAACGCCUACUUUCAGGGUAAGCCGCUCGAGAGAUUGCUGAUCCUCAAGGCUCCUAGCAACCCCAAGGGCGUUCCGGACAAGGAAAUCCAGGAAUCCGGCUACAUGAUUGCCCGUGUCCCAGUGUAUGGAACGACCGACGCCGGCCGAAACCUCUACCUUCGCAUAGUCGAAGAGACAAAGUGCAUCGGACUGAAGUCAUCCCAGAUCAUGUCCGCGUUGUACUACGCGCACGACACAAGCGGCCGGCUGUGCGCUAUGCUGUGCACUCACGUGGACGACUUCUUCUGGGCAGCGUUCGGUGAGGGCGAGCUGAAGAUCCAGCAGUUGCUGGACCACUUCAAAAUCGGGAGGAUCGAAGAGGGUAGCUUCAGGUUCUGUGGCAGAGAAUACGCUCAGCACCCCGAUGGCACCAUCGAGAUCAACUCAAGGGACAACACGCGUGCCAUCGCUCCCCUCGAGAUCCCCAAGGGUGCAAAGUUGACGACACCUGUCACACAAGGACAGAGGACGGCGCUUCGGUCCGUCAUAGGUUCACUCGCGUGGGUGGCCCGGGCUACAAGGCCCGACCUCGCGUACCGCGUCAACGCAUUGCAACAGCGAGUGACCGUCGCGACCAUCGACACGAUGAGAGAGGCCAACCGUGUGGUCGCACUCGCCUUGGGCGACGCAGAGCGCAGCAUCGUGUAUCGCGCCAAGAUACUGCCGUGGAGCAGUGGCCCCCUCGCAGUAGUCACGUUUUGUGACGCCUCUUUUGCUGCUGAAGCUGGGUACAAGUCCCAGAGGGGGAGGUUGCACUACCUCACUGACGCGGAAACAGCACGCGACGUGAACGCACCCAAGCACAAGCUUCACCUGGUUGCAUUCGGUAGCUCUACGAUGAAACGAGUCUGCCGCGCGACACUACAGUGUGAAGCGUACAGCCUGCAGCAUGCCACCGAGCACGGAGACAGGAUCCGUGCGACACUCCUAGAGUUGCAAGGCAAACUGCCGUCACUGCAUGACUGGAGCGAAGUAGCGCCGAGAAAGAUGCUACACCUGCAGUACUCCGACUGCAGAUCGCUCACAGAUCAUUUGCUGUCGUCGGUACCCAGACCAGUGGAAGACAAGCGUCUUGCUAUCGAAAUGACAGCAUUGCGUCAAGCACUGUGGGUAGACGAGACACCGACGAGCGAAGCCUUCGCACCAUUCGGUGACAUCCUGCGAUGGAUUCCAACCCACCUUCAGUUGGCUGACUGCUUGACCAAGAGCAUGAAGCCCAAGCUUCUGAACGACGCCUUGGAGAGCAACGAGGCCGUUGUGAAAGAAGAAGCACCAGCUGAGUGA